AGUACUUCCAGUCCCUAGUAUUGCCCCUAACCCGGCAGCCUACUACUACUACGAUGUCCACAGAAACCUUUGCAUUCAACGCUGAUAUUCAGCAGCUGAUGAGUCUCAUCAUCAACACCUUCUACAGUAACAAGGAGGUCUUCCUUCGUGAGCUUAUCUCGAACGCCUCUGAUGCUUUGGAUAAGAUCCGUUUCGAGUCCAUCACUGAUCCCGAGAAGAUCGAGAACGAGCCUGAGUUCAAAAUUAAGAUUAUUCCUGAUAAGGCCAAUGGCACCCUUACUGUUGAGGAUACCGGUAUCGGUCUUACCAAGACUGAGAUGAUCAACAAUUUGGGUACUAUCGCUAAGUCUGGUACCAAGGCCUUCAUGGAGGCCAUCCAGGCUGGUGGUGAUAUCUCUAUGAUCGGCCAGUUCGGUGUUGGUUUCUAUUCGGCUUACCUCGUUGCUGACAAGGUUCGUGUUGUUUCCAAGUCCAAUGAUGACGACCAGUACAUCUGGGAGUCGGCCGCUGGUGGUUCCUUCACCGUUGUUAAGGAUACCGAGUUCGCUGAUGGUCACAUUAAGCGCGGUACCAAGGUCAUCCUUUACCUCAAGGAAGAUCAGACUGAGUUCCUUGAGGAGCGUCGUCUGAAGGAUCUGGUCAAGAAGCACUCUCAGUUCAUUGGCUUCCCUAUUGAGCUUUAUGUUGAGAAAUCUACCGAGAAGGAGGUGACCGACUCUGAGGAUGAGGAGGAGGACAAGGAGAAGAAGGACGAUGAGAAGAAGGAUGAGGAGAAGAAGGACGAAUCCGAGGAGCCUAAGAUUGAGGAGGUCGAGGAGGAUGAGGAGAAGAAGGAAGGCGAGGAGGAGGGUGACAAGAAGAAGAAGACUAAGAAGGUCAAGGAGGUCACCCACGAUUGGGAACAGUUGAACAAGACUAAGCCCAUCUGGAUGCGCAAGCCCGAGGAUGUGACCAACGAGGAGUAUGCUUCCUUCUACAAGUCUCUCACUAACGAUUGGGAGGACCAUCUGGCCGUCAAGCACUUCGCUGUUGAGGGUCAGCUCGAGUUCAAGGCUCUUCUGUUCGUGCCACGUCGUGCUCCCUUCGACUUGUUCGAGAACACCAAGAAGCGCAACAACAUCAAGUUGUACGUCCGCCGUGUGUUCAUCACUGAUGACUGCGAGGAUCUCAUGCCUGAGUGGUUGAGCUUCGUCAAGGGAGUUGUCGACUCUGAGGAUCUUCCUUUGAACAUCUCUCGUGAGACUCUCCAGCAGAACAAGAUCCUUCGUGUGAUCAAGAAGAACUUGGUGAAGAAGUGCUUGCAGUUGUUCGAGGAGAUGGCCACCGAGAAGCCUGAUGAUUACAAGAUCUUCUACGAGCAGUUCUCUAAGAACCUCAAGUUGGGCAUCCACGAGGACACCACCAACCGCGAUAAGAUCGCCGAGUUGUUGAGGUUCAAGUCGUCCAAGUCUGGUGAGGAUAUGGUGUCCUUCCAGGAGUACGUCGAUCGCAUGAAGGAGGGUCAGAAGGAUAUCUACUACAUCACCGGUGAGAGCAUCGCUGCUGUGUCCUCCAGUCCCUUCAUCGAGACUCUCCGCAAGAAGGGUUAUGAAGUCCUCUACUUGGUUGAUCCCAUUGAUGAGUACGCUGUGCAGCAGCUCCGUGAGUUCAACGGUCACAAGCUGAAGUCCAUUACUAAGGAGGGUGAUCUCGAUCUCAACGAGUCUGACGAGGAGAAGAAGGCUUUCGAGGAGGAGAAGGCUGACUUUGAGCCUCUCUGCAAGCUCGUCAAGGAGGUUUUGGGUGACAAGGUUGAGAAGGUCGUCGUUUCUCAGCGUGUGUCGGAGUCCCCUUGUGUGUUGACCACUUCCGAGUACGGUUGGACUGCCAAUAUGGAGCGUAUCAUGAAGGCUCAGGCUCUUCGGGAUAGCUCUAUGACUAGCUACAUGGUGUCCAAGAAGACUAUGGAGGUCAACCCCAAGAAUGCUAUCAUGGUCGAGCUGAAGAAGAAGGCUGCUGCUGAUAAGUCUGAUAAGACUGUGAAGGAUCUCAUCUGGUUGCUCUUCGAUACUUCUCUUCUCACCUCUGGGUUCAGCCUUGACGACCCUACUCAGUUUGCCAGCCGCAUCCAUCGUAUGAUCAAGCUUGGUCUGUCGAUUGAUGAGGAUGACGAGGAGGCCGAGUCUGAUGAUGAGGAUCUUCCUCCUCUCGAGGAGGUUGAUGCCCAGGCUGCUGAUGAGGCAUCCAAGAUGGAGGAGGUUGAUUAAUUUGACGUUAUCGAAUUCGCUGUGAGCUGUAGUGCUGAGAUACCAUUAUAAGCAGUACUUGAGUAGUUGGAUAACGAUGCGUUGCUGCUAGUUGUAGUACUGGUAGUAUUAUUACUAUUAUCGAUUUCCAUCUGCUACUAUCUUUGAAGUAUGUAGAUUUGGUGGGAUGUGUUCUUGUUUAAGCAUCGCGAGUGGGACUGCUCGUGAUUACUUUCCAAUUUCGCUAAUCACCAUCGAAGGUCCAAACUGGUGGACUCCGUCUGUGAUCACAUACACACCAAAUACACCAAUUUCAGAAG